AGAUGCUUUGCGUCGUCUUCAAUUCUUCACUUUUAACCUAGAGAUCAGAGAGUGAGGGUGCGAGAGAGCGAGAGAGGUUUCGCAAAACCAUUCGCUCUUCUGGUUUGCGAUUUCUUCCGAAGGAAGGGUAAGGAAGGGGAAAUCUAUUCUUCGGUGUACGUUACUUACUUUGCAGCUGCAGCAGUGAACAGAUGUCUGAUGCAGUGGAAUACCGUUGUUUUAUUGGGGGCCUUUCAUGGUCAACAUCUGACAGAGGUCUUAAAAAUGCAUUUGAGAAGUAUGGCAAUCUUGUUGAAGCAAAGGUAGUUCUGGAUAGGUUUUCUGGUCGUUCUCGUGGAUUUGGGUUUGUCACUUUUGAUGACAAGAAAGCAAUGGAAGAGGCUAUUGAGGAAAUGAAUGGUAUGGAUCUUGAUGGGAGGGCUAUUACUGUUGAUAAAGCUCAGCCUCAUCAAGGCUCAGGUAGAGACCGUGAUGGGGACCGUGACUACGACCGUGACCGUGACCGUGGGAGAGACCGUGGGCGAGAUCGUGACUAUGGUGGUGGUCGGGGGGGAUCCAAUUCUGGGGACUGCUUUAAGUGUGGCAAGCCUGGUCAUUUUGCUAGGGAGUGUCCAUCUGGUGAUGGGGCAAGAGGGGGUGGCGGCAAGUAUGGUGGAAGGGAUGAUAGACAUGGUGGUGGUGGUGGUAGUCGUUAUGGUUCUGAUCGUAAUGGGGAUCGUUAUGGUGGACGCAGCAGGGAUGGUGGCAGUCGUGGGGGUUCGGGAAGUGACCGAUAUAAUCGUGAUCGUUCUGGCCCAUAUGAGCGUCCUGGAGGUUUCCGGUCCUGAGAAAUGAGUAAAUUAUCCUUUUUGAGCUGAGCCGCUGGUGGAAAUGCUGCUAGUGGAAGCAAAAGGUUUAAAGUAUACACUCUUGAAGGCCACGACAGGAUGCCUUUUCUUCAUGUAUCUGCUCAGACAAUCUAGCUAAUCUCAGACUGAAACUUUGCAGGAAUGUGUGGUUCAACUGUUUUGAGUUCUGUCAGAUCCUCAGUACAAUGUUUUGGUCCGAUGGGGUCUUAUGCUUGCUUGACAUAUCAAAUUUGGUCUUAUAGUCUUUGAAUGGCAUUAUUGCUGCUGGAUUCUGGAUGGUUUACGUGCAUAGUUUAUUGCAAUUCUGGAUUCUCAGUC